CUGAGCAAACUUUCACUUUCUUAACUUCACUUGAAGGAACAGAAAGUCCCUCAGAACCUUAAGGAGGAAAGUCGACCCAAAAGUUACGUGUUUAUGUUUAUUCAGAAUAAGCUGUUACAGGACAGCCCAAGAAUAACUGAGGAUGGAGGCUGAAAUGAAUGAGGUUGGUGUCGGUGUGGAGGAGAAGCUGGAGGCGGAAGUUGAUCCCAACCCUGACGGUGGAGUUGGUGCUGAGGCAGCGGGUGAUCAGAUGGACGCCAAACCGGACCGCAGUGGGAGGUUUCUGCUGUUUGGACGCAAGAAAAAUAAGGAUGGCCAGACGCGGGAGCAGGACUAUUCUUCUGAAAGCCAUUACAGAAUUGUUUUACCAGCAUUCCAGUAUAAGAUGAGCCACCAGCAAGUGGGGAAGUGCAUCAUCAUCAACAACAAAAACUUUGAUGCAAACACGGGGAUGAAUGUACGCAAUGGCACAGACCGCGAUGCAGGCGAGCUGUUCAAAUGCUUCAGGAACCUGGGCUUCGAAGUCAUGGUUUAUAACGACCAGACGUGUGAGAAGAUGGAGAAUCUUCUCAAACAGGCCUCGGAGGAAGACCACAGCCAAAGCUCGUGUUUCGCUUGCAUCCUGCUGAGCCAUGGCGAGGAGGGAAUGAUCUAUGGGACAGACGGAGCCAUGCCCAUCAAGGCCAUGACCUCGCUGUUCAGGGGGGACAAGUGCAAAAGCUUAGUGGGGAAGCCCAAACUUUUCUUCAUCCAGGCUUGUCGAGGUUCUGAAUUUGAUGAUGGUAUCCAGACAGAUUCAGGUCCACCUAACGACACCUUGGAGACAGAUGCCAAUCCAAGACAUAAAAUCCCAGUUGAGGCAGAUUUCUUGUUUGCGUACUCCACUGUCCCAGGAUAUUACUCAUGGAGGAACCCUGGCCGGGGCUCCUGGUUUGUUCAGGCCCUCUGUAGCGUCCUCAACGAGUUUGGCAAGCAGCUGGAGAUAAUGCAGAUCCUAACACGGGUCAACUACAUGGUGGCCACCAGCUUUGAGUCCUGGUCUGAGGACCCACGUUUCACUGAGAAGAAACAGAUUCCCUGUGUGGUCUCUAUGCUGACUAAAGAACUGUACUUCAACUGAUAUCCUGCCUGCACUGUAUGACACGGACUGACCAGACUGACUAGACCGGCUGUUUAGGGCGAUGAGCAAGCAGUCAAAGCAUUCAGGGAUGAUUCAGGCCCAGCGGGACUCAGCACACAUCAGCGUGCCGCAUUUGGGCCUGAAAACAAGCACUCCAUGACGUAAUAUCUAACAGUGACACUCUGAGUUCAUGUGUUGAUGGUUAAACUCCUCUUCAGGUCGCCCCUUUGAAAUAACAUUGUCACAUUUAAGCUGAUCGUUGUUGACAGGCAUUGUGGAAUAUAUAUGUAUGAUCUACUUACCCACAAACUCAGCUGCCAGUUUCUUGUGGGUUUGUGGAAUCAUAUCUGAAUAUGUGUUUCUCCAUUUUCCAGAACUUUCAAAAUAUGUUAGGAGAUCAUAGCUCAUAGACCUUUACAAACAAAAACAUAGUUUGUCUAAUUAGCACUUAUUUCACAUUGGCUGUUUCUGGCACAUGUCAGGACAGGUCUACUAAAUAAGACAUUACUUAAUAAGACAUUACCUUGUUCUAGAUUCUGAAAUAUUUCUACCAAAACAAAUUGGAUAUCUACCCCCUUUCCCUACCUGUUUAUUUUGUAGACCUUAUAGUGUUAUUUACAGGAUUGGAAGUUUUUUUAUUCAGGCCAUCUCUGGUGAUUUAUUUGAGCGAAAUAUUGACAUUAAAUUUGUGCAACAAAAUGAUUGUGCAGUAAUUUAAAAAAUAUAUAUAAAAAUAUAUAUUUAUGCACGUUAACAGUAGAUUAUGUUUUUAUUUAGGUGUUUUCCAUACAGUAGGACAUGAUUUAACUCUUAUGACAAAAUAUAUUUAAAAGUUAGAUGGUUUAUGAAUAGUAUAUAUAUUUAUUUAUUUUUUUCUUUCUUUUCGAAUGGUUAAAAAAAAGUUUGGGAACAACAUGUUUUGAAAGUUUUGAGCAUAGGAAUUGCUUUUUUCCUUCUUUUUUUAAUAAAAAUGGUCAAUGAUCCCCCUUUUUGGCUAACUAUAGCAUUUCUGCUCUCUGCAUUGACAAGACUUAUCGAUCAUUUGUCAUACAGCAUAAUCCUUUUCCAGUCAAUUGUCUCCAAGCAAAACCUGCAAUUUAAGACUUUUGCUUUUAACAUUCUGUAAUUAACUGACUAGUUGGUUUCUAUGCAGGUAAUAAUGUAUAGGGAAUUUCCGCAGUCAGUACACUAUACUGAAGGGGAAAAAUAUAAUGUUAGGGAAAACUAUAAAAGAAUAACAUUGAGUGAGUAGUUACUUCCCCUAUUUUUUUUAAUUUUAUUUCCUGGUAAAAAAAAAAAACAAUAAGUCUCAUAUAGACCCUCAUACCUAAUAAGUUAAAGGUCCUCUAAUCUGGAAAAUGGAGCGCAUCAUUUUUAGAUAUCCAUGUUUUUACAGUUUCCGUUCCCAGAUGUAAUUGUUAAAU